CCGAGCAGCACCAGUAAAUGUCAAGAUGGCGCUCCUCAUGUCAAUGUGAAGUUGUGUGAAAUAACCGUGAACAACAGCCGAUUUGACUGUUUCUAAAGACAGAAAGCGUCUUCGGAUGGUAACACAGACAGCAUUUGGAUUAGUGAGGUGAACGCGGCUCAACACGGGAUGGCUUUCGGGGAACUUAGUCGCAGCGUCCGCUUGUUGUUGGGUCGGAUUCACCGCUGCGGUUCCGUCGCUGUUCCUGCAAACCAGACGGCGCGGUGUGUGAGCGGAGCGGCCGCCCGGCCGGAGCCGGAGCCCAGCACGGAGGAGAACGGAGCCGUGAACCCCACGUUUGAGAACAGAAACCCGCGGAACCUGGAGCAGCUGGCGCUGGCUGUGAAGGACCGAGGCUGGAAGACCACGUGGCCGCACCGGCAGUUCUACCACAGGCUGAAGUUCUCUCGCAGCCAACACCAUGUGACAGCAGAGGUGUUCUCCUGCAGCUCUCCUGUCCCAGUGCUGUCCUGUUCCACCAGAGAGUGGGCGGUGAAGAGGGAGCUGGCCUCCACUAACUGUGUGGCAGCAUGUCAGGCUGUGGGGGAAGUGCUGGCGCAUCGAUGCCAGCAGGCCGGGAUCACCAGAAUGGUCUACAGAGCCAUUCCUUGGACAUACCGCUCGGAUGCUGUUCAAGCUUUCAGGACUGCAAUAAAAGAGGGAGGAGUCACCCUUAGUGAGCCCAGAAGGAAAUAUAUCGGCACCUGAAUUUGUCCAUCAUGUCAUGUUUGAUCAAUGCUUUGUCUAAUUCCCUGCUCUUCUGUCAAUUAUUACUGUACAGAUAUUACGAUUACCAACAAUACAGAGAAUGCAAGGAAUUAUAAGGCAGUUUUUGUGUUCUGAUAAGUAAAGUAUUUCUGAUGUCA